AUGGCUGCUAAAAUCAAUUUGAACGAUCCCCCGUCAUCGGCGAGUUCCGACAGCGACGUGGUCGAAACGCACGUUGACUUCUCCGACGUUUUCCCCGAAAUAGAAAUCGAAGAAGAAAAAAGCGGAGAUUUCUACCACACCCCGGCCUCCCCUAUUACUGUCCCCUACUGCCCGAGGCCCCCUUCGACUGGAUCACAAAAGUCUCCUAGAUCAAGGCGGCAGAGGACGACGUCCUUGAACCAAACCACGAAACCGGCCACUAAUUCCAUCAUCAGAACUCAACAUAGGACAAUUUACACGGCCGGUCGCCCGCCGUGGUACAACAGCGUAGGCCAGAAAGUCGAACCUUUCGUUAUAGGGAUAUGCGGGGGUAGUGCGUCGGGUAAAACUACAGUAGCGGAGAAAAUUAUCGAGUCACUAGGCGUACCGUGGGUAACUUUACUCAGCAUGGAUUCUUUUUAUAAAGUUUUGAACGAAAAACAGCACGAAAUAGCGGAUCAAAACGAGUACAACUUCGACCAUCCGGACGCCUUCGACUUCGAUCUAAUGGUAGUCACAUUGCAAAGACUCAAAGAAGGUAGAAAAGUUGAAGUUCCUAUUUAUAAUUUCGUGACGCAUUCUAGAGAAUCGAAAACGAAAACCAUGUACGGAGCCAACGUGAUCAUAUUCGAGGGCAUCCUCGCUUUUCACAAUGCGAAAGUGAACGAAAUGUUAGAUUUGAAGAUAUUCGUCGAUGCCGAUCCGGACGUACGAUUGGCUCGAAGACUAAAACGCGACAUCAGCCAAAGAGGAAGAGACUUAGAAGGUGUUCUCAAACAAUACACUUCGAUGGUACAGCCUUCGUUCAACCACUACAUAGCCCCUUUAAUGAGCCACGCCGAUAUAAUUGUGCCCAGGGGCGGCGAGAAUUUAGUGGCUAUACAUCUUAUAGUACAGCACGUUCAAACUCAAUUGCAAUUGAGAGGGCUGAAACUUAGAGAAGAACUGGCCAAUGCGAGUAAACUCAACAUGCCCACUCCGGAUACGGUGAAGCUCUUGCCCACCACGCCGCAGAUACGGGGCCUGCACACGUUCAUCCGGAACAAGGACACGCCGCGCGACGAAUUUAUAUUUUAUAGCAAACGAUUGAUUAGGCUAGUGAUAGAAUACACGUUGUCUUUGAUGACGUUCGUGGAUAAAACGGUGGAAACGCCUCAGGGAUUUCAUUAUAACGGUAAAAAAAUGGCCACCAGUAAUAUAUGCGGCGUGUCCAUAUUGAGGGCGGGCGAGACCAUGGAACAGGCCGUGUGCGAUGUAUGUAAGGAUAUAAGGAUAGGGAAAAUAUUGAUCCAGACGAAUCUGCAAACCGGAGAACCGGAGCUGUACUACUUGAGGCUGCCCAAAGAUAUCAAAGACUACAAGGUGAUAUUGAUGGACGCCACUGUGGCGACAGGGGCGGCGGCGAUGAUGGCCAUCAGGGUGUUGCUGGAUCACGACGUGCUGGAGAAGAAUAUACUGAUCGUGUCGCUGUUAAUGGCGGAGUCCGGCGUGCAGUCCAUAGCGUACGCGUUUCCGGACGUGCAAAUCGUGACGACGGCGAUAGAUCCGGAGAUAAACGAGAAAUUUUACGUGUUGCCCGGCAUCGGGAACUUCGGCGAUCGGUACUUCGGUACCGAACCGUCGGAGAACAGUUCCGAAAAGGUAGAGAGUUAA